AUGCCAAUUUCUAUGCAUAGUCAUUCUGGACAAUUUUGUGCACACGCAAAAGGAAAUUUGGAAGAGGUUGUCCAGGAAGCGAUAAAUAAGAAAUUUCUAAUUUAUGGACUAUCGGAACAUUGUCCCAGAUAUCGUGUCAAAGAUUUAUAUCCUGAAGAGUCUCAUCUUCACCCCUCUGAUCUUUACAAAACAUUUAAAGAAUAUGUAAUAGAGGCGCGUCGACUACAAUCAAAAUAUAAUUCAGAAAUAAAAUUAAUUAUAGGACUUGAAUCUGAAGCAAUCACUAUUAAUACUGCUUCUAAUGAAAUUUCGAAACUUGUUCGUGAAUUUCAAUUAGAUUAUGUGGUUGGAUCGGUGCAUCAUGUUUUUGAGGUACCUAUUGAUAUUGAUUCGGAGACUUUUGAGAGAGCGUUAGAAGAAGCUGAAGUGGAAGGCAAGAAAAUAAAUUACAAUAAUGACGGGAAGAGUGAUGAUAAUAAUAUUAAAAAUAGUAGUGAUAGUAGGGAGGAGAUAUUAUUUUCUGCUUAUUUUGACGCACAAUAUAAAAUUCUAUGCGAGAUAAAACCAACCAUCGUGGGUCAUUUUGAUGUGAUUCGGAUAUUUAGACCGACAUGGAAGUUUGGCACGCGAGUGUGGGAAAAAGUUGUACGUAAUGUAGAAUUUGUGGUGUCUUAUGGAGGAUUAUUUGAAUUGAAUUCGUCUGGAUGGAAGAAAGGGUUAACGGACGCAUAUCCUCAACGAGAUAUAUUAGAGUUAAUCAUCAAAAAAGGCGGUAAAUUUACAAUAUCCGAUGACAGUCAUGGACCAACAAGUGUUGGACAAAAUUACGAUAAAUUGUACAAGUAUUUGAAAGAAUUUCAGAUUGAUACGAUUUACUAUUUAGAUCAUGAAUAUGAUAAAGACGGGAAAAAGCUGGUAGUGAAAAAGUCGUUAAAAAACAUCUUGAGUCAUCCUUUUUGGCAGCAGUUUAUUAGUUCCGCAGAUUCUCGGUAA